AGAGAGAGAGAGAGAGAGAGAGACAACGGGUUGACACACAAACAGAGAGCGGUAGAGACCGGCUGAUCGAGCUUCCAUCAGACAGGAGUGGAUAAGGCCAACCGCUCGCGUGCCCGGGUGAGAUUUGUGGCUGUUGGGUGGAGUUGCUGAGACCCUACGUCACAGAGUUUGCUCCUACAGUGGUACCUGUUCCAGGUGUAGCAGGACCAGUCGCCAUGUGGUGCUUGGUUCCUCUUCUGCCGCUCCUGCUGGCCGUCCAAGACGCCCAUGCCCUCUGGAAGGUCUGGUUGCCGCGGGACAUCUCGGCCAUGACCAACUCCUGCGUUGUCAUCCCGUGUACCUUCAUGUUCCCCAACGGCGCCCGCACGCACCACGGCGUGAACAGCAUCUGGUACUUCGGCCAGCCGUACCCUCAGCUGUUCCCGCCCGUUGUCUUCAAGUCCCGCACGGACGUGGUGCACGAGAGCUACAAGGGUCGCACCAAGCUGCUGGGAGACCUCAAUCAGAGGAACUGCACUCUGCUCAUCAACAACUUGGGCACAGAGCAUUCUGGGAAAUAUUACUUCCGGGCGGACCUGGGCGGUGCCAAUAUUUACACGUACCCCGACUUCUCUGAACUCAAAGUACUCGAACAGCCCACCAUCGACGUACCGGAGGAGAUCCUGAGCGACGAGAACCUGGAGCUGACCUGCUACGCGCCGGACAACUGCCCGGAGAUGACCCCUGAGAUCCAGUGGCUGUUCACCGACUACCUCCCCGACCCGGAGUUCACCUCAGAGUACGCAGAGGAGAGCAAUACGGCCGUCCUCUCCAACACGCUGAGCUUCACCCCCAGACCCAUGCACAACGGGCAGCUGCUGGGCUGCCGGGUCUUCUACGCCAACACCACGCUGGCCUACGAGCGGCACAUCACCCUGGAUGUCAAGUAUGGCCCGCGCUCGGUGUGGGUGAACGUGUCGUCGGAGGUGAUGGAGGGGAGCUCGGUGACGCUGCACUGUGAGGUGGACAGCAACCCCGCAGCCCGGAUCUCCUGGAUGUUUGGGGACCAGGAGCUGCUGUGGGACACGGCCGCCAACGUCUCGCUGGCCCUGGACGACAUGAGCGCCGCCCAGGAGGGGGUGUACACCUGCGUGGGCGACAACGGCUACGGCGCCAUGAAUGCCUCGCUGUACCUCUCCAUCAAAUUCCCUCCCCGGGAGCCCGUGGUCAACAGCUCCCUGACGGUUCUGGAAGGUUCCACGCUGGCGCUCCACUGCAGCACCCAGGGGAGCCCGGCCCCCACCCUCACCUGGCUGAAGGACGGCGAGCUGGUGGGCACCAUCGUGGCCGACGAGCUGUCAGUGCUGGAGGUCUUCGAGGUGACCCCCCAGGGCGCCGGCCAGUACCGCUGCCUGGCCGAGAACGAGCACGGCCGGGCCAGCAGCUCCCUCAACGUCACCGUGGAGUACGGCCCCAUGCUGCUGGACGAGUCCAAGUGCACGGUGGUGCGGGAGGGCGUCCAGUGUGUGUGCAUGGCCGUGGGGAACCCCGAGCCCACCAUCGAGUUCCACCUGCCCGACCUGAACAUCACCAUCAACCAGACUGACAACCGCUACAACUACUACACCCACACGGACGGCCACACCUCCACCGCCAUGAUCAAGCUGAGGGAGAAGGGCGACCGCAACGGCGGCGCCGCCGUCAACGUGCACUGCAGCAUGAGCAACCUGUACGGCACCCACAGCGUGCUGCUGGAACUGCAGCAGGAGAAGAAGUACAUGAUGGCGGUGAUCGUGGGCACCAUCGGAGGAGUGGCGGUCAUAGCCUUCAUCAUCGCUGCGGUCCGAUACGUUGGCCACAACAAUAAGAAAGAGGAGGCCCCGGCCGGGACGGACCGGGUCCUAGACAACCCAGCUCUGUACUACAGCGCAGUCAAGAAGGACAAACAAAAUCUGAGGAAGAAAGUGCUUAAGACAGAGCUGUUGGGCUCAAAGUUUAACUCCAUUCUAGAGGAGACCACGGGAGAAGAGGGGAGUUAUGCACCUGUGGGCUCUAUGGCAAACCUGGAGAGGCAAGAGUUAAACUACGCCGCGCUCGAGUUCGGCGGGGCUCGCUCCCGGGAGGGCGGGGCCCGCAGGGCGGGAGACGACGGCAGCGACUACUCCGAGAUCAAAGCCAAAUGACUCGCCAUCCUUCCCUGAUCCCUCGGCAACGCCAGACACAGUGGCACAAAGUUCUCCCCCCCUCUCCCCGGGACGCGCCCCCUAUGGAUCCUCUGGUGCUGCUCGGUGGUCUCCGGUGGUUCCUUUGGUCCCUUCUGAUCUCCUUCCUGUUCGGGGCUCAUUGGAAACCCACCGAAUAUAUCGGAAACAUCAUUCGGCAAUAAGCAUCCAAAAGCAUGCGUAUUCCUUGCUACCGUUCGUUUGCAGUACAUUUUUUUUUUAUUUUAAGUACCGGAUCGACGUGUGUUGUUGCAACUGUUUUCUUCGGCAUGAAUCCUUCUGCCAGAUGCUGUUCUGCCGUUUGUCCGGGAUCACGUCAGCAUCCUGUUGUCCCCACAUGUCAAACUUAUUCUCUGAUCCUCCGUCCGUCUGUCGUCACUGUGUCGUCUGCCAAGGCAUCAGGGAAAGAGAUUCUGCCUCCUCAUCCUUCUGCUCUUGUUCCUUGCUUAGCAACGAGAGACAGGAUUGAUCUUCAGGAGUUACGUUUCUGUUUUUAUGUUUCAAACAUCUCUCCUAUUCAUCUCUCCGUCUCUCCCUAUCUCUGUCUCUGUCCAUCUACCUACCUAUCUCUAUCUCUUCUAUUUGUUUGUAACAUAUCUGUAUUUGUGUAAUUAUCUUCAUCUCCUGUCUUUGACAUACCAAGGAAUCUUCAAGGGUUAGUUAAGGAAUCUCUAAGAGUAAUUCUUUAAGAUGGGUUAGUUGACAAUCUUGAAGGGUUAGUUAACAAACACAUCUUUAAGGAUAAUUCUUCAGGUUUAAAUAACACAUCUUUAAAGGUCGUGCUUAAGGGUUUAUGUACACUCUUUAACCAUAGAGUUCUUCAUCACCCAACCGCUCUAUAGGGAAGAUGUUGUUUAAUAUGAUGAUAGUAAAAACAUUCUAAUUCCCACUGAGUUUUGUCAUAAAACCACAUUUUUAUGUUUCAUAUUCUCAUCAAGAUUCAGAACUAAGUACAUCUGUCUCCAGCCAAAGUCUAUCUCAUCAAGACAAUGUAUUCUGUGUGUGUGUGUGUUUGUGUGUUUUCUGUGUGUGUGCGUGUGUGUGUGUGUAUGUGUGUGCGUGUGUGUGUUUCUCUGUGUGCAUGUGCGUGCGAGUGUGUUGUUUCAUGCUGAAGGGCCACAAAAUUUGGCUGCAAGGAGUGUCUGUGGUUGUCAUGGUGAUGUUGUUCUGGUGUGAUGUCACAGCCCACUAAACGUCUAACUUGAUAGUGAUUACACUAAUGUUGUAUAAAUAACACGAAGCUUCAUUGUAGGCAGUAUGUACACACGUCGCAUGACUCUAUGCUAGCAGGUGUAAAUGGAGGUAAUUGAGAAAAUGAUGGGCUAUGCCACUGAGGAAAUGCAUUUUUUUUUUUCAGACACGAUUCAACGUGAAAUGCACGUUUAUGAAGUUCUACAUUAAGUCGCUCAUCAGCCUGUGUUGGUCCUAAGACUUAAGGCAUAUUGUUCUCUGAGAAUCUGCCAUCUACUCUGUACUAAAAGUUAGCCAAAUAUUCUCUGGUUAUUGGAGUUUGCUACCAAACUUGAUCAUAUAUAUUAUUCUUGUUAGACUACCACAAGAUCUGUGACCAUAGGAACCAGAGAGAGCAGAAUUACAGUAUGAAAAUCUUUAUUCCACGGUAAUGUUUUGUGAGUGUGUUGAUAUGCAACAUUUGUUCCUCCAAUACUUUGAAGUGCUGAUAAUGAUUAUUAUUUAGAAGGAGUUUCUAUUUCAUUGACACAUUAAUGGCCAGGAUGACUUUGUUGGAGCUGGUAGUACCCUAAAACACUUGCUUGCUCUCCUCACUUUCAUCUGUCACCGGUUUCAUGUCCAUGCAAAGAUAAAUAAAGGGAAGAAAAUAUGAAAAUGAU